AUGCCUUCCUUCACGCAGACUUUUACCCUGCUGACCACCCUUGGCGCUGCCGCCGUUUCCGGCGGUCCGGUGGCCAAGCGCGAAACACCCUCCAAGAGCGGGCCGCUGUCCGUCUACAACACCCGCCUCAAGUAUGGGCUUCCCAUCCCACCAGAGCUGGCGGUCACGGUCAAGCGCGCCGGCAUCGACGCCUCCGCGGUGGACAAGAGGCAACUGCUGGACGAGCUGCAGAACCAAGUGCCGCCGCAGGCGCAAGCACAACGGAUACAGAACGGAAGCGUGUCGGCGUUCCCCACGCGGAACAACACGGAGUGGGUGAGCAAGAUCACGAUCGGCACCCCGCCCCAGACCCUGACCGUGCAGCUCGACACGGGCUCGUCCGAGCUCUGGGUGUUUGCCAACUCGGCCGCCAAGGCCGCCGGCCACGCCGUCUACAGCCCCUCGGGCAGCUCCAGCGCGUCCCUCAUCCCCAACCUGGCCUGGAACAACAGCUACGCCUCGGGCGACGGCGCGUCCGGCAACGCCGUGUACAACGACGUCGUGCGCGUCGGCGACGUCGUGGCCCAGUCCAUGGCCGUGCUCCCCGCCACCACCGCCUCCGACUCGCUCGUGCAGUCGCCCUACGACGGCAUCCUGGGCCUCAGCCUCGCCAACUACACCGCGACGCUGCCCGCCGACGCCCAGGGCCCGCCCGCCGCUCUGCCCCAGGCCAGCGGGCCGCCCAACUUCUUCACCACGGUCAAGUCCUCGCUCACGGCGCCGCUCUUUGGCGUCGACCUGAGGCAGGACGAGGAGAGCUUCUUCGACUUUGGCAUCGUGCCCAUGAGCCGCUGCCGCGGCGAGGUCGGCUGGGCGCCCGUGCUCCGCUACCUGGCCAACGGCCACGACUUCGCCCGCUGGAACAUGACGGCCUCGGGCUACGCGGUCGGCAACGUCACGGCCGCCGACCUGAAGCCGGCUUACAUGACCGGCGUCGUCGACACCGGCACCACGCUCAUGUACCUCGACAAGCCCAUCGUGGACGACUACUACAGCCACGUGCCCGGCUCCCGGUACGACAACGCCUCUGCCGGCUGGGUCUUCCCCUGCGCGCAGGCCCAGCCGCUGCCCGACUUUUCGUUCGGCGUCGGGGAUGCCGACCACGUCGCCGUCAUCACCGUCCCGGGCAAGUACCUCAACUGGGCCGUCAACGACGUGGCCAAGAAUGAGUGCUUCGGCGGCCUCCAGGAGGCGUUUGACUACGAAGGCGGCAAGCUUUCCCUGUUUGGCGCCGUGGCGAUGAAGUCGGCCUACGUCAUCUUUGAGGACAACCGCCCGGCCUCGGACCCGAGGAUCGGUUGGGCUCCCAAGGAUCUUAAGCUCUAA